AUGUCUUUCGAGGGCAAAGUCAUCGCCAUAACAGGCGCGGCGAGCGGUAUUGGGCUCGCAACCGCUCAAAUCCUGUCCAAAAAGGGCGCCAUCGUGUGCCUCUGCGAUGUCGACCAAGAGGCAAUGAAGAAGGCUGAUGCUCAUUUCAGCCAGCUCCAGGCCCAAUUCAGCAUGACCACGGUAGAUGUCUCGGCCAGGGAGCAAGUUGAAACAUGGAUCAGCGGGAUAAUAGAAAAGUAUGGCCGGCUCGAUGGCGCGGUCAACAACGCGGGCAUAAUUGGCAGACACCACGGCCUUCGCGCCGUGGCUGACUUGGAGGACGACGAAUGGCACAAGAUCAUCGCCGUCAAUCUAACUGGCACCAUGUACUGCAUGAGGGCAGAACUUCGCGCCAUCGUUGAUGGCGGGUCAAUUGUCAAUUUGAGCUCCAUCCAUGGUCUUCAAGGUUUCGCCAUGCACGGAGCUUAUGACGCGAGCAAGCACGGUGUUCUUGGGCUCACGCGGGCAGCAGCGAAAGAGAAUGGAUCUCGCGAGGUUCGAGUCAAUGCUGUGGCACCAGGAUCGAUCCAUACGCCGCUGAUGGACAAGAGCUUCGCCUUCCACGGACGUUCGCCGGAUGAGCCGUUUGAUGAUACCGCAGCCUUCGGGCGACACGGGACUGCGGAGGAAGUCGCCCACGUGAUUGUGUUUCUUUUGAGCCCAGAAAGUCGAUACGUCAGUGGCAGCGUGUACUCGGUUGAUGGAGCAAUGACGUGA